GCGUCUCUCGGAACACUCUAAUCCGUUUUUGAUGAUGCAAAAAAAAAAAAAAAAAAAAGAAAUGUCUGUAAAGCUGACCUUUAAAUCCAGCCGGGCGUUGUUCAUUUGAAAACUCACCUUUCGUCAUUUUUAUUGUCUGGUUUUUUUUUUUGUGUGUGUGUGCAGUGAGAUGGAUCCGUCCAGGAGGAGCGAGAGUGACUGGCAGGGUCUGCUGAACGAGUUUGUGAUUUGUAAGCGGAAGUUGGAGAGUAAAAAGGAGGCCCUCCUGAUUCUGUCUAAAGAGCUGGACAGCUGUCAGCAGGAGAGAGAUCAGUACAGACUGAUGGCCAAUCAGCUCAGAGAGCGACACCAAGGGUUGAAGAAGAAGUACAGAGAACUUAUUGAUGGAGAUCCCUCUCUGCCUCCAGAGAAGAGAAAUCAGGUGAAUUUGGCUCAGCUGCUGAGAGACUCCAGAGACAAAAACAGUCAACUCUCUGAGGAAGUGAAAGAGCUGAAACAACGACUACUGGAGGCCCAGGGCGACAACAAGCUUCUACGAAUGACCAUCACCAAGCAGAGGCUGGGGGACGAGGAGGUUGGUGCUCGUCACUUCCCUGCACAUGAACGGCAGGAUCUGGUCAAACAGUUAGAGAGAGCUGGAGAGCAGAACGAGGUUCUCGAGCACAGCAUGAAGUCACUCACAGACGAGCUGCAGGACGUACGAGCGGAGCGCGACGUGUUUCAGCAGAAGGCUCAUCGCCUCAACGUGGAAAUGAACCACAUCGUGGGCAACGACGACAUACGGGUUGUGGACAUAGACGCACUCUGCAUGGAGAACAGGUAUUUGCACGAACGCUUCGGUCAACUUCAAGAAGAAAUCAACUUGCUCAAAAAAAAUCUGAUGAAGUAUAAGAGCGCCCUGGAGUGUCGGAAGAAUUCUAAAAUCAGUGGGAAAGCAAACAGCAGUGCACUGACUGGGGUGCUCUCUGCUAAACAAGUGAAGGAGUUGUUGCUGUCUGAAGAAAACGGCUGCAGCCUGCCGGUGACUCCUCAGUCCAUCACAGACCUCAAGUCUCUGGCCACAGCUCUGCUGGAAACCAUCCACGAGAAGAACAUGGUGAUUCAGCACCAACGCCAGAUCAACAAGAUUCUUGGAACUCGCGUGGCAGAGCUAGAAACCAAACUAAAGACAUUAGAAAUGUCCGGACUGUGGAGCCUGCCAGGCCUGACUUAUAAUGUUUCUCUGGGAAUUUAUGGAAGAGGAAAAGAUGCCAUCAUACUGAAUCCUCAUCAGGCUGAAUCAACAGAGUCUCCUGCACAGGAAGGUGACGAAGUAUCUGAGAACAGAGUUGUCGAUCAGCAGAGCUCUGAAGAAGUCCCACAGCAAGACAGUGGACCUCCAUCUAUGUCAGGUGAUGCAGAGGGACUUCAAGAGAAACUUCAAGAGGGACUUCAAGAGGGACUUCAAGAGGGACUUCAAGAGGAACUUCAAGAUGAACUUCAAGAGGAGACAUGCCAGCAGAAUCCUUCAACCCAGUCAGCUGAACUAGAACCGCUCAGCAAUCGGACAGAAACACCAGAGAAGGAGGAGCGUUGUGAUGCUGGCCAGUCACAAAGCACAACUGAUUUCACAGCUGUGACGGGCGACGAGUCGAAGGAAGAGGAAUGUCAGAGUGAUUCUCCUCUUAAAUUUACAAAUGUAACACAAAAUGUGUCAGAUCUCUCACGACGAACUUUAGAGGGAUCAGGAGGACACGAGGAUCAGUUGGAUGAACACAAUGAAGAGCUGGAAACUGUUGAAAGUGAGUGUAUUCUAAUAGAGGGAGACAUCAGCGACGAUGAAUUCACUGCUGCUGCUGCUGCUGCAAGCACUGCAGUGGAGCAGGAGAACCAGGAGACAGAUGGAGACAGAUGUUUGUGAAGUCAUGAAACCUAAGAUAGGAGAGACAGGAAUGUAUGAUGCAUCACCAUCACAAAGCUCAUUAAUAACAUAAAUCAGAAGAAAUAGGCCCUAUUUGGCUUUACAGUGUAUCAAAUACAUCAAAAGCUUCAUAUGCUUCUGUUUAGUUAUGGAUCCUACAUCUGCAUCAGACUCUGAAUCCAUCUUUAAAAAAUAAUGUCCUGGCACUAGAUGAAGGGUGAAUAUACUACAGUCAAUGUAGUGAGAACGAUACAAAACAAACAUUGAAAAAGUGUCAAAUGCUUCCAUGGUCUCAUGUAGCGCUAACCUUUGAACUAGUCUUUAAGUAUGCAGACAUCAGAGCAGAGCAACAGGUUGUUGCUUAAUAUAAAAAUGCUGCCAAAACAACCACAACUCCUCUGGGAGUUGUGUUUGUUUGACAACAGAUCUUCUCCAGUCAAGUCCGAAGAGCAUAAGUGAGGUUGGGCAAUAUGGUUUGGCCCUCAGUUGGUGUUCCGGCUAAUCCUGAAUUUGUUAGAUGCGUUUAAGGUCUGAACAUUAUGCCUCUGUUAUUUUCUUCCACUCCAAACUGGAGGGGAACAAACAUUAGUUUAAAGGCCUCGCUUUUUGCAUGUUUAGUGUUAGAACUGGAAAUGGUUAUUACCAAACUUUGAACGCUGUGCAUUUUGUGGGCAGAGAGUGGAGGAACUGUGAUUUUCUGUUUUGAGAAAUAGCAAAUGAAUGUGGCUGAUGGGUCAGAACUAUUAAAAAAAAAAAAAAAAAAAAGGGCGAUUGCUAUUAGUCGACCAUGAACUUGAAGACGUGAUGUUGCUUACACUUUAUCAGAAUAUUUCUCAUUUAACGCUCUACCUCUGUUCCCUCCUGUUUUAAGAAACACUCAUCACUAA